UCUGCCGCGGCUCUACAGUUUGCAAAGCACAAUUCUCCACAGUCGUGCCGCUGCUCUUCUGCAGACUCGGCGAUGUAUGUGAAUGCGCCAUCAUCGUUACCUGCUCUACAAACACGUGCCGUUGAAGAGAAUGAUGGCCUCGAACCACUUGCUGAAGAGGAGAUCGAUCCUGCGUCGUUCGAUUUGGUUGUGCCGGCUCAUGCGCAUAGCAAACAAUACUCUCUGGAAAUACAAUCCGAGCUUAUGUUUUCAUCCACGCAUCUGGCAGUCAUAUUUGAAGACCCGGUCCUCUUACAGCGCUUCACAAAUUUCAUAUACCAAGUGCGACCGAGAUCCGUGCCCAUACUACAGUACUACAUGGACGCGUUCAAGGCGCUCAGGGCCAUUGAGUACGCUAACGCCAUUGUUUCGGGUCUGCAAUCUGUCGGGGACCUGAGUUAUACGUCCGAAUCGAUAGACCAGACGUCGAACCAGGCUCUGCGAGACAGGGCCGACCAGGCAUUCCAGACACUUGCGAACGAGGAGUUGCCGGCCUUCAUUACACAUACCUAUAUUCAGACUGUGAGCAUGACGAUAAAGAGGCGGAUCGCGGAUACACUACCGCCACACCUGAGGGAGAUGUCCGAGGGACUAGCUGAGGUUUUCUGCCUGACUGAUCCAGCCAGGCCAGAUAACCCCAUUAUCUUUGCGAGCGAAGAAUUCCACAGAACAACCCAGUACGGCAUGUCCUAUGUGCUAGGUCGCAACUGCCGCUUUCUACAAGGACCCAAGACGAACCCCUUUAGUGUGCGCCGGCUCCGUGACAAACUCAAAGAGGGCAAGGAGCACUGCGAGACUUUUUUGAACUACCGCCGCGACGGCCAGCCCUUCAUGAACUUGCUCAUGGUCGCGCCGUUGUAUGACUCGAGAGGUAUAGUCCGAUACCACAUUGGUGCGCAAGUCGACGUUUCAGGUCUCGUAAAAGACUGCGCGGGUCUGGAGUCCCUCGAGAGGCUCAUGGAGCGCGAAAACGCUGCAGAUGGCACAUCUGCUCAUAUGCCAGUUCGCAUACAUGGCCACAAACCCGACGGCGGAAAAGCAAAUCACACCCACGGCGAUGCUAACAACAACAACACCAACUGCAACGAGGAGAAAGACGAGUUCCGCGACUUAGCCUCCAUGUUCUCCCUGGGCGAGCUGAAGACGGUCCGCGAGCACGGCGGCUCCAUGCACCGCAUCAACCACUCAGAGCUGACGGACACGGAGGGCAUCAGCAACUGGAACAAGCCCCGGGUGCUGAUCAGGGACGACGCGGCCAUGGAGCGCCGGGGCUCGGACCCGGUCCUCAGCUCGUCCCUGGGCGGCUCCCUGGGCGGCGGCAGGCUCUCGGGCAUCUACGAGCACUACCUGCUGGUGCGGCCGUACCCGAGCCUGCGGGUCCUGUUCGCGUCGCCCUCGCUCCGCGUCCCCGGCAUGCUCCAGAGCAACCUCAUGCACCGCAUCGGGGGCUCGAGCAAGGUCCGCGAGGCCAUCGCGCAGGCAUUCGCCGACGGCAACGGCGUCACGGCCAAGGUGCGCUGGAUCAGCGGCCGCGGGGAGCAGCAGCAGCAACAGCAGAACAACGUCGAAGGCCGCGGCCGCUGGAUCCACUGCACGCCGUUGCUGGGCUCCAACGGCACCGUGGGCGUCUGGAUGAUCGUCCUCGUCGACGACGAGCAGGAG